ACUGCCUCAAACGUCGCAUUUAUUUGUGCCAAGGGAAAGAUGCUGGUAAUAUUUACACUAUCCACUUGGCGACUGCCGUCAGACUGUAACUCACACACACACAGCGCGAGUGCGGAGUUAUAGGAAAUCUUAUUUUCUGGUCCCCUCUCUCGCGCGCUCUCUGCGUCUCAUUCAUCAGCCGACUGCCAGUGUUAUGACACACCACCAUUCUGUCGAUACAGACAGCGUCCUGUCCUUAUCUGAUACCCGCAGGACCUGUUGCGAUUGCCACCGUGCGCGAAAGGGCGUUGAAAGGUUUCGCUCCCGCUCGGGCGACGCCUGGUUGGUCGGUUUGGGGGCCAGAUCUGUGAAUGUGACCUGAAUGCAGCCGCGUGAUUAAACGAAAGAAGGAUAACGUCAAGAAAAAAAACAUUGCUGAUUGUCCAGCGCUCGAGACGACUGAGCUACUUUCGCAGCGUUAGUCAUCGCAGCUCGUGGCCUGGACCAUUUCUACCAAUCCUACUGGGGAUCACAGCGCGCUCUCAUGGGAAACUGAUUUUUUUCCAAGCAAAAGUUAUAAGGCGCUGCAUUGUAUAGGUUCUGUACGUUAAUGACGUUGGUGCGAAUGCACGAGUUGCUCUAUUCGCGCGCUUCGACGGAUACUGGUCUCGUGCGGAUGUGGAUUCUUGGAGCCUUUCCGUGACCUACAAGGCGUCGUAUGUGCUCUGACGGCACAUCACGGAAUUUGCGCAGGAAGUUCGCACAGACAGUAGCGACCGGCCAGGUGAUGUUUGCUCACGUAAGCCGGCAGUGUGUGGUGGCAGAGCGGGCAGCGAGCGAAGGGGACGCGCUUGUUGCAUCGCCCUACUGAGCAGCAUCCUCGGCCGCUCGCUCCGUGCCGUCUUGCUUGGGCGUCGAUAACGCUCGCCGCGGAACAUAACCCUUAACACGGUAGGAUUUUCCGAUGCUGUUUUCUCUGUGCCAAGUCUGAAUCGUUUCACAUCGAAAACCUCGUUUGAAAGUCAGUGCGCCCAGUGUGAGCCAUGACAUUGGCUGGAUAAAGAGGGACCUGCGGCGUUUUGCAGUAGCCCCGUGUUGUGGUAAGGCAGCGUAAUUUAUGAAUGCAAUUUUGCGUUUCGGAAUCAGUAUUUGAAGGAGAAUGCAGCAACGACAUUUUUUCAACCGCGCAUCACUGCUGACUGGAGCUAUUUCCGGUUCCUAAGUGGCUUGUGUUUCCCCAUCGCGGGCUGCAUGGGGCAGAGCGGCUCGCACACAGAUGGCACGGACUCUUGCGCAAGGUCUGCCGCCCCGCGCCUCUACCGGAGCCCAUUCACAGUCUCCCGCCACCGUAACCCGACUCUAUCAUCCGCGCCCCUCGUCAGCCCCGAGAGCACUGCAGCACCGCGAGCGGCCGCCUCUGAGCCCCAGCAGACGGCAUGAGCAGGAGACUUGAUCUGGCGCUUUUCUCCAUGCUGCUCGUGGGGCUCUCGUUCGCGUGCUACGCCCCGAGCUUGGAUACCCCGCAGGAACAGGCAUACCGGGCGGCGGUGGUGAUCGAAGGUGAGGUGUUCGCGCUGCCCGAGAACGUCUCCGUGGAGCCGUACAGUGUGAAUGUCAGGGUGCUGGACGUGUGGCCGGUGAACGGCGGCGGGCUGGAGCGCGAGCAGCUCGUCACCGUGGGGGAUUUCGGCUCUGAGGCGCCGUGCGUGCUCGUGGAAAAAGACCACAGAUAUAUUUUUUUCAUGGACCCUACUGAGGAGCCUUUAGUAUUCAAAGCGUCUUUUGCUCCUGUGGACGCCAACGAGAGGAACCUCAAGAAGGAGGUGGAGAGCAUUCUGUGUGAGGACUGCGCCUCUCCCCCUAAACUGCGUCCAAUCAGAGGUCAGUCGUUGGCUGAGGGCGAGAGGCUGCAGCUGCGCUGUGAGGUAACCGACGGCAACCCCAGCCCCGCCUUCCGCUGGUACAAGGACGGCAGCGAGCUGAAGAAAAGCCGAGACAUCAAAAUCAAAUCCAACAAGAAAAGCUCCAAGAUGCAGAUCAGUCGAGUGCGGCUGGAGGAUGCUGGAAACUACUCGUGUGUGGUGGAGAACAUACUGGGCCGAGACAACGCCAGCAGCACCGUCAGCGUCCACACCUUGACCACCACACUCUCACCCGCGUCCAGCCACACGCGCCAGUGCAACGAGACGGAGAAGUCCUACUGCGUCAACGGAGGCGACUGUUAUGUCAUUCAUGGUAUAAAUCAGCUGUCCUGCAAGUGUCCAAAUGACUAUACUGGUGAUCGCUGUCAACAGUCCGUCAUGGCCGAUUUCUACAAAGUGCGCUCUAGUAAAUAUGGCAAGCAUCUCGGAAUUGAAUUUAUGGAGGCAGAGGAGCUGUACCAGAAGCGGGUCCUGACGAUAACGGGUAUCUGUGUUGCGCUGCUGGUGGUUGGCAUUGUGUGUGUAGUGGCAUACUGCAAAACCAAGAAGCAGCGUAAGAAGAUGCAGCAGCAUAUGCACCAGAACAUGUGUGCGGAGCCCAACCGCAGGCUGGCCAACGGCCCCAACCACCCUGGUCCAGCACCCGAGGAGAUCCCCAUGGUGGACUACAUCUCUAAGAACGUUCCGGCAACAGAGCGAGUGACACGCCAUGGAACCGAGACAUCGGGGAACUUCUCAGGCAGCCGCAUGUCCUCCAGGUCACACCACUCCUCUACAGCCAGCCAUGCUUCCAGUCACAGACAUGAGGAGCGGACAUGGAGCAUGGAGCGCUCGGACAGCAUGAACUCAGACUGCCACUCGGGGGCGCUCUCCUCCUCGGUGGGCACCAGUAAGUGCAGCAGCCCGGCCUGCAUGGCCCGCAGGGCGGCAGCCCACUGCUCGCUCGACAGCCCCGGACGGCCCCGCCUCUCCUACGGGGACUCCUACGACUCGCUGAGGGACUCCCCUCACAGCGACAGGUACGUGUCGGCGCUCACCACACCGGCUCGCCUUUCCCCGGUGGAAUUUGGGCAGGUGCCCACCUUCCAGAUCACCACCCCCAACGCCAGCCACGCCCUCUCCCUCCCCCCCGCGGCAGCCGCCGCCAUGGCGAACUACGCGGUCGCCGAUGACGACCAGCCACUGCUGCGCCACUACCACCGGUCACGGCGGCCGUGCUACCCGGCGGAGAGCACGGGUUCGCUGCCGUCCAGCCCGUAUCGGCUGGUGGACGAUGACGCGUACGAGACGACGCAGGAGUACGCCGGCGGGCGGGACCGCUACCGCCGGACGUCGCGCCGCCCGCGCCGCUCUCGCAACUCGCACGCCACGCACAGUUCCCAUAGCAACCUGUCGGACAGCGAGUGGGACGAGGAGUAUGGGCUGGGGGGCGCGGAACUGGGCCACGGCGAGAGCACGCCCUUCCUGAGCGCGCUCAACAUGAGCUCGCCGUCCCCUGAGCCGGCCACCAUCUACCGGCCCACACACACGCCCACACACACGCCCUGCCUGGCCCCCCUCCCCCGCCGCAUGCACGGCAAACUCACACAGCCCCGUGGCAGGCCUGACAAUGCACCCCUUUAAACACACACACACAUAACAGACGCGCUCCUGAGCUACACAUGCACACAUGUGCACUCCAGACAUGACUGAAAAGUCAGACUCUUUCAACGUGUAACACACACACACACACACACACACACAGACAGUUAUACCAUAGACCUGCACCGAUAAGAAAUAUUUUUAUUUUAUAUAACAGACAGAUAUUCUAAACAAAUGAAAUAUUUAUUUUCAUUUCAGCGAAACUUGUCUACUAGCUAGCAGCAAAGACUUUUUUUAUAGGGGAAACUAUUUAUAUGUUGAUUAAUUUCACUUUACGAGCAUUAUGUGAAAAACGAAAAAACAUACAAAUCAAAAGAGAAUUCCGUGCCAGUUUUUUCAGGAGUUAGAUACUAGAAUAAUAUUGUGGUGCCUUUUGCUGUUCACCCAUGUGGAGGGCUUUGCUUCAGUUUUUCUAGCCUUUCUUACGAACUCUUCUUUUCUACAGACAUGUUUGUCUUUUUCUCUUUCUUUCUUCCCCUUUCCCAUCAGAACUGUGAGGUUCUCCUGACAUCAUGCAAUAUGGGUCACUUCUUUGUGUAAUGCAUAUGUUUACAUAAGUAUGAUACACACCCACACAUACACACACAUGCUUUCUUGCGAUAUGGACACACACAUGCACACAUGUGCACACACACACACUCUCAUCCAGAUUUAUACACGCACUCAUACACACAUACACACAGAGCACAAAUACAUGCACCCAUUUAAUCACUCUCACAAACUGACACACUGUAACACACACACACAGAGGCACACAGUUAGAGAAUCUUGUGUAUUCCCACACACCUUCACACACCCACACACAUUGCUAUUUUAUUUUGGAGGGGGGCAUCUGCAGAUGCAAUGAUAAUUCCACUUCCUGUCCAGACAGGAAGUUACUCAGUCUACUCACUUAGACCCAUGGCAAUGGGGUUUGUUUGCUUCCUGUCACUCGUAUUGUUUCCAUAACAACAGAGGUAUGCAGAAGUCUCUUGAGGGCGGUGCUUGGUGGCCCCUGCCCAGGUGUUCAGGGUUUAGAAGUCUGUAAGAGUGUGUGGGUGUGUGUGUGUGUCUGUCUGUGUGUGUCUGUCUGCCUGUCUGUCUUUCUGAGUGUGUUUGUCCAAUCACAAAGACGUCACAAGAGCAAAAAGCCUAUGGGUUGUGUGUCAGUGUGUUUGUGUGAGUGUGUGUCAGUGAUACCUGUGACUGUGGCAUCUGGGUGAUGCUCUAUACAUCUGGCAUGUGUUUAUGUGCAUAUGUUUCUUUGUGUACACAUCUAAGGUUGGGAUGCCCUGGCUCGUGAGCCCUGUGUGCUCAGAUAAAGCCACAAUAGGCAACUGUUGUCCCCGACAGUGCAGAAAUUCAAGUAGAAUAAUUAGUGAAGUCAAAAUCACGGGGGAUUCUUUAGAUCAACUGGCAAGUUGUUAAGUGGUAUGUAAAAGACAUCUCACUUUCUUAUCUGUUCCUUGUGAUGCAAUACUGCCUAUUGCACCUUUAACUUGGUGUGUAUGAGUGUGUUUAUGUGUGUGUGUGUGAGUGAGAGAGAGAAAGAGAAGAGAGACAAAGAAAAGAUAAACGUGUUAGUUGUAUCUAUCCACUUAUUUGUGUUCGAACGUGAACUGUGUGUGUGUAUGUGUUUGUAGGUAUGCCUGUUUGUGUCACUUGACAAGGUUUGUGUGUUUUUUGUGUGUGUGUGUGUGCGUGCGUGUGUCUUCAUGUCAUUGUGAUGCAGUAGGUCCUUGGGCUGGCGAGAUCAGCUCCAGUACACUUUAGGCCCCCUGCGCUCCUGUAGGAAAGCUUAUUUGGGGCGGAUCUGGCUGUGCUCUGGCCCAGAUCCGCACCCUGCCGAGGGCCAGAUCUGUUCCAGCUGCUAUCUGGGCUCUGACCUUUGACCCCUGCCCCCUCACCUCUGACCUCCCGUGACUGCAGCGGGGAGGGGGCCAGGGGAACCAAUCCAGCCUGACUUCAUCCCCCCGGAACGCAACUGACUGGACUGCAACUGGAACGGGUAUCUGUGAAGGAGUGGUGCCGGGUCCGAAUCCGGCACAGGAUCCAGCGUGGUCAGUUGGCUGCUGCCUGGGGCUCUCCCCUGAACCCCAACCCCCCCCACCCCCCCUGCUCCUUUGCUCCCUCCUCCACCCUUCCAAAGCCAGCAGCUCUAGCCGCUCUGUGUCUCAGGACUUCUCAUGCAGAACUACAUUACCCAUGAGCACCCUGCUCUGCUCCACUCCACUACUGACCUAGGUCACUGGGGCUCACCCUGAGCUCCCGGUUGUUUCGCCCCCCCCUGGUGGCCACUUGUGGUAGGGGAGUAUGUGGAGAGGUCUGACAGGUUUUUCGACUCACGCUGUUUAACUGGUGUUUGUGACACUUGUGAAAAAGUUUAUGUGUGCACUCCUCAAACAUGUCUGGUGUGGGGGUUAAUUUGCCAAGGUUUCCACUCUCUGUCUCUCAUUUUGUUAUUCCCCCUCUCCCCCUUUUAGUGUUUCCUCUGUUGUCUUCCUCUCCUCCCUUCUAUCUCCUUCAUCUCUCUCUCUCUCUCUCUCUCUCUCUCUCUUUUGACAUAAGUCUGUAUGCAAUCUGCCCUUUCUUGUGUGUGUAGAGUGAGUACUGUUUAUGGAAAGGAGGUAGAGGGGGUUUAGGGUUAUUUGUUCGAAAAAGUGCCCCUACAAUCCACUCUUGUGCACUCUCCUUGACAUAGUACACACACACACACACACACAUGCACGCACACACGCACGCACACACACACACAAACACACACAGUAAAAUGUAGAAGUAUGCAAACAUACCUCUUACGGUCAGACUCACACCCUCACCUUCCCCACAUGCACACACCCACACACACACACACACACCCUUAUACCCACACACACACACCCCUACACUCCCCACUUUGCUCACACAUUUGCUUGUCACAUUGUUCCAUAAAGUAAAUCCCAGCCUUUCUCUUUCUCUCGGACAUAUGCCAUGUCUCUUAUCUAGGAGCUUUUGUUCCCUAUUUUCUUUCUCUCCUUCCCUCUUGCUUUCUCUCCUCCCGUGUUUUUUUGCCCUCCUCUGUGACUCUCUGGGUCCAUUCUCUUUGCAUGUUCUAGUGGCAGAUAGAGGGUGCAUGGAUCAAGCAGCAUCUGCUCAAAGUGUAGUCUUCAUUCCCACAUUCAGCAAUAAAUUCCCUUUUUUUUCAUGUCCAUCCUUGACUUGGAAUAUGCUAGAAGUUUUUUGCAAGUUUUCUCAAGAAAAAAAAAUGAACUUGGAAAAAAAGAACGGAAAAAAAACUUGUUCAUAUAAGAAGAG